AAAGCAUUACAGUAAUUCUUAGGGCUCACAUUAAGCUGAAUUAAUCGACCGUAUGAAUCGUAGAUCUUCCUUUAGGAUACUUCGACCUCAUCUUCAUCCUCAUUCUCAUCCUCAUACUUCAUCGAGGAAGAACCGUGACGAUAUUUCUUCGGAGAAGAUAACACCAAAGAAAGUUCGUUCAAAAAUCAAAUAUGGCAAUGUUAACAUCGGAAAUGACGGUAAUAAGGCCGAUCUAUCGUCAAGACGAACUGCAUCGGGUGUGCAAGUAUGCGGAACCAAAGAGAAAUCUUUCCGAGCAAAUUUCCAAAAGAUGGAGGAAUACUAGUCCAUGGAAAAUGUUGAAAAAAUCAGUACCAUUGAUAGAUUGGUUGCCGAAAUAUAAUUGGAGGAGUAAUAUUCUUGGUGACAUCGUUGCUGGUAUUACUGUCGCUGUUAUGCACAUACCUCAAGGAAUGGCGUAUGCAAUAUUGGGCAAUGUACCAUCUAUAGUUGGCAUUUACAUGGCUUUCUUUCCAGUUCUAAUAUAUUUUUUAUUCGGUACAUCCAGACACAACUCAAUGGGUACAUUCGCAGUAAUUUGCAUGAUGACCGGAAAAGUGGUCGUGACGUAUAGUUCAGUGGAAAAUUCUAUGAACAAUAGUACACAAAUCGAUGGAGGGAACAUAAUAGGAUCGAAUAUGAUCAAUCAUGAGUAUACCCCAAUACAAGUGGCAACUGUUGUAACUUUCGUCGUUGGUCUAAUGCAGUUAGGAAUGUACGUAUUACGAUUGGGUGUUAUAUCUUCGUUCUUGGCUGAUAGCCUAAUAAGUGGCUUUACAACAGCUGCUGGUUUACAUGUUUUCACGUCACAAGUGAAGGAUCUUCUUGGUUUAACUUUAAUACCACGGAGAGGUAUAUUUAAACUAAUACUCACAUAUUUUGAUAUUUUUAAUAAUAUUGAUAAAGUCAAUCUGGCUGCUUUGAGUUUGUCAGCCAUAACGAUUGUUAUUUUAAUAUUUAAUAAUCAAUUCUUGAAACCAAGAUUUGCUAGGAUAAGUCCAUUUCCAAUACCAAUAGAAAUGUUAGCAGUAGUCGGUGGUACUUUAAUAUCAAUGUACAUGAAUUUGACAGAAGAAUACAAUAUUAAAAUAGUCGGUGAUAUACCAGUGGGAUUACCAACGCCAUCGUUACCUCCGCUUUCUCUAGUACCAAACGUUCUGCUUGAUAGCUUCAUAAUUACUUUGGUUUCCUAUACUAUAUCUAUGUCAAUGGCUUUAAUCUUUGCGCAAAAGGUUGGUUACGAAGUAGAUGCCAAUCAAGAAUUAGUUGCCCAGGGUCUUGGAAAUCUUUUUGGAUCGUUUUUCUCAUGUAUGCCAUUCACUGCCUCAUUAUCGAGAUCAUUGAUCCAAGAAACUGUUGGUGGACGUACUCAGUUAGCCAGUUUGAUUUCUUGUGGAAUUUUGGUCAGCGUUUUACUAUGGAUUGGACCAUUCUUCGAACCACUUCCACGAUGUAUUCUAGCCAGUAUAAUCGUCGUGGCUCUCCAAGGUAUGCUGAUAAAAAUAACAGAUUUUCUAAAGUUUUGGAAAUUGGAUAAAACAGAUGCCAGUAUCUGGGCUAUCACAUUUCUCACAGUUAUUUUGUUGGACGUUGAAUAUGGCCUGAUCGUUGGUUUAUUUGUAUGUCUUACAAAAUUAAUCAUUAUUGCUACUCAACCCUAUGCAUGUUUACUUGCAUUGGCACCUGGUACUGAACUUUAUUUGGACUCUCAAAGAUACAAAGGAACCAUCGAGAUUGCAGGAAUUAAAAUAUUUCAUUACUCGGGAAGUUUAAACUUUGCAUCUAAACAACAUUUUUGUGAGACAGUUUACAAACUUACCGAAGUGACACCGAGAAAAGAAUUGAUGAAGAGAAAUUCUAAAAAAGGCACAGAAGAUGACAGAACAGAUGAGAUACAAACUCUGAUAUUGGAUUUUUCGGCAGUGGUAUACAUCGAUCCUGCUGGUGUAAAAAUUGUAAAAAAUUUAAUUAACGAAUACAAUGAAAUAGAUGUUUCCGUUUAUAUUACUGGAUCUUGCGGACCCGUUUACGAAAUGAUGACUAAAUGUAAUUUAUUAGAAUCCAAUAAUCAUACCUUUGGAUUAUUUCCUACGAUCUCCGAUGCUGUACAUUUUGCACAACAUCAAAAUAAUAUUAUGACAAUAUCAACGUAAAAUA